CAUCUACUCCUCUGUCCCAGCCCAGUCCGUGCCCGCCAUCCCGCCGCCCCACCGUGUCUCCAUAUCGUUCAAUCAACCUCCAACUAUGGAUGUACAAGAUAUCCUACGCGGCAUCCAGCCGAUACCAGGGGACGUCACCGCAGUGAGAACAGUCCAAGAGACACGACCACCAGAAGAAUUCGCCGACGCAUACGCCGCAGAAGUCAACCUGAAAUGCGCCUCCAAAGUAAUCAAAGCCCUAGACAAAGCCUACCCCCGCGACGCCUCCCAACCCCUCAACCACCUCCGCCGCUUCGCCAAACACGAGCACCUCUCCCCGACCCUCCAAUCCACCCUCCUCAAAGCAGACCCAUCAUCAACACAAACAAUCUUCGUCCUAAUCCCGCCUCCACUCCCAGACGUUGCCUCUCUCAAAGACCUCCUCACACCAUUCGCACCCCCGGGCAGCGACAUAACCCUAACAACCCUCCGCGUCCCCCUCUACGCCCCGCUCAACAGCGCCCAAGCAGAUAAAUGGACCAAAUCUCUCUGGCCUGUGCUCUUCAACCCCGCUGCACCGCGCGGCUUCGUCGCGCCCCCGCCUCAGAUAUUGACUCGCGCACGGGACUCAAUCCAGCCUAAGGCGGGGCGGUAUCUCGCGCUGGCAUACGAAGUAGCUCGCGAAGCUGAACAGUCUGGUCUUGGGAGGGGGGUCGGCGCCGUUGUCGUUGACCCGGAGAUUGAUGCUCGUUUAGACGACGAGAUUAUCGAUGAUGAUGAGGGGGAUGAUAAGAGGUGGUCAGACGCGGUAGUCGCCGUCGCUGGAGAUGCGCGCUAUUCUCGGCUGGAAGGGUCGACAGGACCUAAUCCCAGCAGAUUGAUGUAUAACGCUGAUGUUGAAGGCGGGCCGGAAUUGCAUGCGCUUAUGAGGGUCGUUGAUCUAAUCGCUGGGAAACGGCGCGCCGAUGACCAUGAUGAUACAUCAGCAUCACCACCUUUAAGACCACUGGAAGCGCACUUCCUUUCCCAGUCGGACACCACCUUCUCUUCUACCUCCAACCCCACCCACCAAACAACAUCAACAUCAACAUCAACACCAGAAACCGACCCCGACACCCCAACAAACCCCGAAAAAUUCCAAAAAACCGAAUCAGGCGCUAUACCCGUCCCCUCCACCUCCGUCCCCACCCCCACAUCCACCUCCACUACAGCACCCCCAGAGACCAACCCACGAAUCCGAUCCCGCACGCAAGGAGGCUACCUCUGCACGGAUCUCGACGUGUACCUCACCCAUGAGCCGUGUCUGUGCUGCUCUAUGGGUUUGCUUUUGUCGAGGUUUAGGGCGGUUAUUUUCCCGAGGGGUGGGAGGAUGAGGACGGGGGGGUUGGCUUCUGAGCCUUGUAUUGGGCCUGUAGCUGUGGCUGAUUCUGGGGAGGGGGGUGAUAAUGAAGGAGGUGAAGGAGAAGAUAAGGGUGAUGUGGGGAGUGGUAAAGAAGAAGGAAAUGAGAACGAGAGGUUAUAUUAUGGCCUACACUGGCGGAAAGAGUUGAACUGGAGGGCGUUGGGGUUUGAGUUUGUGGAGGCUAUAGCUGGCGCUGAUGGUAAUGGGGAAAGUGUGCAGUUUCAUGCUUGAUUGACUGGUUGUGGGUUAUUGCGUGGAUGAAUCAAUGAAUGAGCGUUGUAUAGCUAGUUAGUGGUAGUAUGGAGG